CGAAUUGCACAUUUGAUUUUGGGUGCGCUGCUUCGCCAUUUUGGGCCCUUGGAAUUGUGCGAACAUUCGCUUGAUGCCGCCUUCAUAAAUGAAAGGACUUCUUUUGCGGAAAUCCACACCAUCGUCAAUCCAUACCACACCCCAACAGAACACGGUGUUUGCCUUUCCUGUCAGUUGGCGUUGGAGCAAACGAUCAAUCUUCCGUGCGGACCUACACUUCAAAAUGCAGAUGCAGCAACGUUCCCCGCGCGUGAAUCUGCAGCAGGCGCAGCAGCGUCGCAGCGCAGUGAUCUGCCGAACGCUGGCCAAGGGCCGCCCGGCGCUUCGCCAUGUCAAGCACGAGGCAAACGUCGCUCUGUUUGUGGAGCCCAGCCCCUUCUCGCACAUCAGUGGCAUGAAGAACAGGUUUCAGUGCCUGAUUCGCAACCUGCGUGAGGCGGGAGACGAGGUGCGCGUGUUCACGCCCGACCCGCACGCGCCGUCCGAGUACCACGGCGCCAGGGUUGUGGGCGUGUUGGGCUUCAAGCUGCCCUUCUACUCCUCGCCCACACUGCUGCUGUCGCUGGGCCUGUCGGUCAACGUGCUGUGGCAGCUGCUGACCCGGCGGCCGGACGUGAUUCACGUGUCCGCCCCCGGCCUCAUGGUGUUCGCCGCCGCGCUGUACGCCAAGCUGCUGGCGGUGCCGCUGGUGGUGUCGUACCACACCCACGUGCCCGAGUACAUCCCCAAGUACACGUGGCGGGGCCUUGUGGAGCCCAUGUGGAGCAUCAUCCGCUGGUUCACGCGCACCGCCGACCUGGCGCUCGUGACCUCGCACGCCAUGAAGACGGAGCUGAGCCGCAACGCCUGCCGCUCGCAGUCCAUUGAGGUGUGGCCUCGGGGCGUUGACGCCGAGGUGUUCCACCCGCGCCACCGCUGCGCCGCCAUGCGCCAGCGGCUCAGCGGCGGCGUGCCGGAGGCGCCCCUGCUGCUGUACGUGGGCCGCCUGGGCGCAGAGAAGAACCUGGACGCGCUGCGCUGUGUGAUGGAGGCGGUGCCGGGCUGCCGGCUGGCGCUGGUGGGUGACGGGCCGGCGCGGCCGCAGCUGGAGCAGCACCUGGCUGGCCUGCCCGUCACGUUCAUGGGCAUGCUGCGCGGCGACGAGCUGUCUGCCGCCUACGCCUCGGCGGACGUGUUCGUAAUGCCCAGCGAGACCGAGACGCUGGGCUUUGUGGUGCUGGAGGCCAUGGCCUCUGGUCUGCCCGUGGUGGCGGUGGCGGCGGGCGGCCUCAAAGACAUCCUGGCGCCCGCAGCGGCCUCUGCAUCAUCUCCCGGCGGCAGCAGCAGCGCCGCCGACCUGGCGGCAGCUGCCGGUGGCAGCUGUAGCGGCUGUAGCACCGCCACGCCCUCCACAGGCUGUAGUGGCACGCCCUUCGGCUACCUGUACCCGCCCGGCGACUACGCAGCGGCGGCGCAGCUGGUGGCGGCGCUGGCGGCGUCACCGGAGCUGAGGGCGUCGGUGGGCGCGGCGGCGCGCGCCGAGGUGGAGCGGUAUGGGUGGGGCGAGGCCACCCGCGUCUUGCGCGAGGAGCAGUACAAGCGCGCCAUCCACGUGCACGCGUCGCGGCGCAGGUUCGCCUGGCUGGCCAAGCGUGUGGGCGUGGCGCGGCUGCUCCAGCGGCUGUGGGCGGCGCUGCUGGCGGCCGCCACGGCGCUGGUGGAUGGCCUGGACUAUGCCCACGACCUGCGCCGCCAGUACCAGCAGCAGCAGCUGGUGACGGCGGCGGCGUGAGCAGCGGAGAGCAGCAGCGGCAGCGCCCGGCAGCCGAGCGUGUGUGCUUGUGUUCGUGAACGUGUGUUUGUGUGUGUGUGGUGUGUGUGUGUGCCUGUGUGUCUGGGUGCUAUGUGUGCAUGCACAGUGGAGGAUAAGGAGGGCGAGGGUGAGAGUGAGGGUGAUGGCGCGGCUUGCGUUUUUGGGGAACUGCGGUGGCGCGGGCGAUGGCUAAUGACGUUGUGGUGUUGUUGACGACCCGUUGAUUGAUGCGCACCACUGUAUAAGUACCCAACGAGAAGAACAUGAAGGCAGCUGUAACACUAGGGGCGAUGGCGAGGAUAGAUGAUGAUGAGUGCAUUGAUGAUAUGGUCGUCGUGGUCACGCGGGCUGCAUGCUGGCGGAUGGAUCCUGCACAUUGGCAGGGCCUCCCAUCCAGCGGGCCGAGGCUGUGCUGCCAACAACGUGCUCAACCACACUGCGGGUGCACGGAGGGAUCGGGCGAACUCGUUCCACAGGAGUCCGCCCCCCUCCGUGGCCCUUUGGGCGUUUGCUCCUUUGGCGUGCCCUGAAAACAUGGUAACAAUAGAUACUGGAGUAAAUCACAUUUCAUUUUAGGCCAACAACAGGAGAUUGGUGCUGCGGGAAGACAAGCGACAUGCCGGACAAGUGUGCCUAAGUGUGGCAAUGCUGGUGGCCUUGGUGGGGCUGAGAAGCCACCGAGGUGAACUCAAUGAAGCUGGUAGGCGGUGGGUACACAUGCCGAGUCGGCGAGUCACUGUAAGCCCCGUGCAGU